CGAAAUCCCGGCUGCGGAGUCAGCGCUGUAAAAACCUCCCUCCCUCCGCGCGUGUGUGUGUGCUGCAACCGAAACCUGCCUAUUGAUGCUCCGCGUUUAUCAGACAUAUGCCCCUAAAUUAUGCAGACAGGGAGAAGUGAUCUAAACACCGAGCCGCACAUGGUUUCGGUGGAAAUAUAAUACUCCGGCAGCAGAUGAGUUCCUCCCAGAUAAACAAACCCACUCGCUCAGCCCCAGCAGGGCUGAGCGCUGUUUGGGUUUGGAGUGGCUGCAUGUGGCUGCUGCAUCCCCAGCCCAGAGGAAACCUGCCUGCUGGAGCCCCAUCUGCUCCCCGCUCUGCGAAAGGGACGCAGCCCUCGCCUUGCUGGAUUCGGGUGUAGGACCUGCAGGACUCGCCUUGGCAGAAGGGACCAGGACAAAAUCUGCCAGGGAAUUGGUGUUUUGAAGACACUUGCAGCUUUCAAUCUUCGUUCCCUUGGGAAUACAAAUCUUUCUAAACAUGUCACCAGCCAUGUGGAAGUGGACUUGCCUCAUUUCUCACCUCCUGUUAUCUGCCACAGUGUCGCCUCUUGUUAGGCAGCAGCCACCCCACCCAAAGAGGCCCUUCAUCACUUUCACUGGAGACCAAGCAGAGGGGAACUUCAACCACUUGGUUGUUGAUGAAAGAACUGGGCACAUUUACUUGGGAGCUGUCAACAGGAUCUACAAACUCUCCAGUGACCUGAAGGUCCUGGUGACCCACCAGACUGGUCCCGAUGAAGAUAAUCCCAAGUGUUAUCCUCCCAGGAUAGUCCAAACCUGCAAUGAACCCUUGACACCCACUAACAACAUCAACAAAAUGCUCCUCAUAGACUACAAGGAGAAUCGGUUGAUAGCCUGUGGGAGCCUUUACCAGGGCAUUUGUAAGCUUUUGAGGCUGGAUGACCUCUUCAAGCUGGGCGAGCCCUUCCACAAGAAGGAGCAUUACCUCUCCGGUGUCAACGAGAGUGGCUCUGUUUUUGGAGUCAUUGUUUCUUACAGCAACAUGGAUGACAAGUUGUUCAUUGCCACCGCUGUGGAUGGCAAGCCUGAGUAUUUCCCCACUAUUUCCAGCAGAAAGCUAACCAAGAACUCUGAGGCAGAUGGGAUGUUUGCGUAUGUUUUCCAUGAUGAGUUUGUGGCCUCCAUGAUUAAAAUCCCCUCAGACACCUUUACCAUCAUACCUGACUUUGAUAUCUACUACAUCUAUGGCUUCAGCAGCGGUAACUUUGUCUAUUUCCUAACUCUGCAGCCUGAAAUGAUCUCACCACCUGGCUCCACCACAAAGGAGCAGGUUUACACCUCUAAGCUGGUCCGUUUGUGCAAGGAGGACACAGCUUUUAACUCCUAUGUUGAGGUGCCCAUUGGUUGUGAGAAGAACGGGGUAGAGUACCGGUUGCUCCAGGCGGCCUACUUGUCCAAGGCUGGAGCCAUUCUGGCGAGAUCUUUGGGUGUAGGCCCUGAGGAUGAUAUCCUCUUCACAGUCUUCUCCAAGGGGCAGAAAAGGAAGAUGAAGUCCUUGGAUGAGUCUGCUCUUUGCAUCUUUGUCCUCAAAAAGAUCAACGAUCGCAUCAAGGACAGGCUGCAGUCCUGCUACAGGGGAGAGGGAACGUUAGAUCUGGCCUGGCUCAAAGUCAAGGAUAUUCCCUGUAGCAGCGCGCUGUUAACGAUUGAUGACAAUUUCUGUGGCCUGGAUAUGAAUGCCCCGUUGGGAGUAUCAUCAAUGGUGCGUGGGCUCCCCAUUUUCACUGAGGACGGAGACAGAAUGACAUCCGUGAUUGCCUACGUCUACAAGAACCAUUCCUUGGCUUUUGUGGGAACCAAGAGUGGGAAGCUCAAGAAGAUCCGUGUGGACGGCACCACCAAGAACACGUUGGAGUAUGAGAUAGUGCAGGUGGUGGACACCGGCCCCAUAUUACGGGAUAUGGCCUUCUCAGUGGAUCAUGAACACCUCUACAUCAUGUCUGAGAAGCAGCUCACCCGGGUGCCCGUGGAGUCGUGCAGCCAGUACGAGACCUGCAGCGAGUGCCUGGGCUCGGGAGACCCUCACUGUGGGUGGUGUGUGCUUCACAACACGUGCACGAGGAAGGAGCGGUGCGAGCGCUCCAGUGAGCCUCGGAGAUUCGCCUCGGAGAUGAAGCAGUGUGUCCGGCUUACCGUGCAUCCCAACAACAUCUCCGUCUCCCAGUACAACGUGUUGCUGGUCUUGGAGACUUACAACGUCCCUGAGCUGUCUGCGGGAGUCAACUGCACCUUCGAGGACCUUUCGGAGAUGGAUGGCUUGGUGGUGGGCAGUCAGAUCCAGUGCAUCUCACCGGCUGCCAAAGAGGUGCCCCAGAUCAUCACCGAGAAUGGAGACCAUCACAUCGUUCAGCUCCAGCUCAAGUCCAAGGAAACGGGUAUGACCUUUGCCAGCACCAGCUUUGUCUUCUACAACUGCAGCGUCCACAACUCGUGCCUGUCCUGCGUGGAGAGCCCUUACCGGUGCCACUGGUGCAAGUACCGCCACGUCUGCACACACGACCCCAGCUCCUGCUCCUUCCAGGAGGGACGAGUCAAGCUGCCCGAGGACUGUCCCCAGCUGCUGCAGGCAGAGAAGAUCCUGGUGCCUGUGGAGGUGAUCAAGCCCAUCACCCUGAAGGCCAAGAACCUGCCCCAGCCACAGUCUGGCCAGCGAGGCUACGAAUGCAUCCUGAACAUCCAGGGCAAUGAGCAGCGGGUGCCCGCCUUGAGGUUCAACAGCUCCAGCGUGCAGUGCCAGAACACGUCGUAUUCGUACGAAGGGAUGGAGAUUAACAGCCUGCCGGUGGAGCUGACAGUUGUGUGGAACGGGAAUUUCAACAUCGACAACCCAGCACAGAACAAAGUUCACCUGUACAAGUGUGGGGCCAUGCGUGACAGCUGUGGCCUGUGCCUGAAAGCCGACCCGGACUUCGAGUGUGGCUGGUGUGAGGGGCAGAACCAGUGCACACUGAAGCAGCACUGCCCGGCCCAGGACAGCCAGUGGCUGGAGUUGUCCAGCACCAAGGGCAAAUGCACCAACCCCAAGAUCACAGAUAUCAAUCCAGUGACAGGCCCUCGUGAAGGAGGGACCAAAGUGACCAUCCGUGGGGAGAAUCUGGGGCUGGAGUUCAGAGACAUCGCAUCUCAUGUCAAGGUGGCUGGAGUGGAGUGCAAACCGCUGGUGGAAGGGUACAUCCCAGCAGAGCAGAUAGUAUGUGAGAUGGGGGAGGCCAAGCCGAGCCAGCAUGCUGGAUUUGUGGAGAUCUGUGUGGCCGAAUGCAAACCCGAGUUCAUGGCCAGGUCUUCACAGCUCUACUACUUCAUGACUCUGACGCUCUCUGAUCUCAAGCCGAAGCGGGGACCCGUGUCGGGUGGCACCCAGGUGACAAUUACGGGCAACAACCUCAACGCAGGCAGCAACGUCAUCGUGACCUUUGGGCGACAACCUUGCCUCUUCUACAGGAGAUCCACCAAACACAUUGUCUGUAACACCACUGCCUCGGACGAAGGCUUUGAGAAGGUGAAGGUGUCUGUGAGGGUGGACAAGGCCAAGAUACACCAGGAGCUGCAGUACGAGUAUGUGGAGGAUCCAACCAUCCUGAGGAUUGAGCCUGAGUGGAGCAUCUUCAGUGGCAACACGCCCAUUGCUGUGUGGGGGACUCACCUAGACCUGAUCCAGAACCCCCAGAUCCGGGCAAAGCAUGGUGGAAAGGAACACGUCAAUAACUGCGAGGUGCAGAACAGCACGGAGAUGACCUGCCAGGCGCCAGCACUGGCUGUUGACCCCAAUCACCAGUCUGAGCUAGCUGAGCGCCCGGAGGAGUUCGGCUUCAUUCUCGACAACGUGCAGUCCCUGCUGAUCCUCAACAAAACCAAUUUCACCUACUACCCAAACCCAGUCUUUGAGGUUUUCAACCCCUCGGGGAUCCUGGAGCUGAAGCCAGGAAGUCCGAUUAUACUGAAGGGCAAGAACCUGAUUCCACCAGUGGCAGGAGGGAAUGCCAAGCUGAACUACACUGUUCUGGUUGGUGAGAAGCCCUGUGUGGUGACUGUAUCAGAUGUGCAGCUGCUGUGUGAGUCCCCAAACCUCAUCGGACGGCACAAGGUGAUGGCUCGUGUAGGAGGGAUGGAGUUCUCCCCGGGGAUGGUCUACAUCUCUCCAGACAGCCCCCUCAGCUUGCCAGCUAUUGUCAGCAUUGCGGUGGCUGGUGGCCUGCUCAUCAUCUUCAUCGUGGCUGUGCUGAUUGCCUACAAGCGCAAGUCCCGAGAAAGUGACUUGACCCUCAAGCGUCUGCAGAUGCAGAUGGACAACCUGGAGUCCAGGGUGGCACUGGAGUGCAAAGAAGCCUUUGCGGAGCUGCAGACGGAUAUUCAUGAGCUGACAAGCGACCUGGAUGGAGCUGGGAUCCCUUUCCUCGAUUACCGAACCUACACCAUGAGGGUGCUUUUCCCUGGUAUUGAAGAUCACCCAGUCCUGAGAGACCUGGAGGUCCCUGGCUACAGGCAGGAACGGGUGGAGAAAGGCCUCAAGCUCUUUGCACAGCUCAUCAACAACAAGGUUUUCCUGCUGUCCUUCAUCCGCACGCUGGAGUCCCAGCGCAGCUUCUCCAUGCGGGACCGUGGCAACGUGGCCUCGCUGAUCAUGACAGUGCUGCAGAGCAAGCUGGAGUACGCUACUGAUGUCCUCAAGCAGCUCUUGGCUGACCUCAUAGACAAAAAUCUGGAGAGCAAGAACCACCCCAAGCUGCUGCUCAGGAGGACAGAGUCCGUGGCUGAGAAAAUGCUCACCAACUGGUUCACCUUCCUUCUCUACAAGUUCCUUAAGGAGUGUGCUGGUGAACCUCUGUUCUCCCUCUUCUGUGCCAUCAAGCAGCAGAUGGAAAAGGGUCCCAUCGACUCAAUCACCGGGGAGGCCCGGUACUCGCUGAGUGAGGACAAGCUUAUCCGACAGCAGAUAGACUACAAGACACUGGUCCUGAGCUGCGUGAACCCUGACAAUGUGAACAGCCCGGAGAUCCCGGUGAAGAUCCUGAACUGUGACACCAUCACUCAGGUCAAGGAGAAGAUCCUUGAUGCCAUCUUCAAGAACGUGCCCUGCUCCCACCGGCCCAAAGCUGCUGAUAUGGACCUGGAGUGGCGGCAGGCAAGCGGGGCAAGGAUGAUCCUGCAGGAUGAGGACAUCACAACCAAGAUAGAGAACGACUGGAAGAGACUCAACACGCUGGCACACUAUCAGGUACCAGAUGGAUCUGUGGUAGCUUUAGUCUCCAAGCAAGUCACUGCCUACAAUGCAGUCAACAACUCCACGGUGUCCCGGACCUCAGCCAGCAAGUACGAAAACAUGAUCCGUUACACGGGCAGCCCGGACAGCCUCCGUUCCCGCACACCCAUGAUCACCCCUGACCUUGAGAGUGGAGUCAAGAUGUGGCACUUGGUGAAGAACCACGAGCAUGGUGACCAAAAAGAGGGUGACCGGGGCAGCAAGAUGGUUUCUGAGAUCUACCUGACAAGGCUACUUGCCACCAAGGGCACUCUCCAGAAAUUUGUAGACGACCUCUUUGAGACCAUCUUCAGCACUGCUCACCGUGGCAGUGCGCUUCCCCUGGCCAUCAAAUACAUGUUCGACUUCCUGGAUGAGCAGGCUGACAAGCACAACAUCCAUGACCCCCACGUGCGGCAUACCUGGAAGAGCAACUGCUUGCCAUUACGGUUCUGGGUGAACAUGAUCAAGAACCCCCAGUUUGUCUUCGACAUCCACAAGAACAGCAUCACAGACGCCUGCCUCUCCGUAGUGGCUCAGACGUUCAUGGACUCCUGUUCAACCUCAGAACACCGUCUGGGCAAAGACUCCCCCUCCAACAAGCUUCUCUAUGCCAAGGAUAUCCCCAGCUACAAGAACUGGGUGGAAAGGUACUAUUCAGACAUCGCCAAAAUGCCAGCAAUCAGUGACCAGGACAUGAAUGCAUAUUUGGCUGAGCAGUCUCGCAUGCAUAUGAACGAGUUCAACACUAUGAGUGCGCUCUCAGAGAUAUACUCCUACGUUGGCAAGUACAGCGAGGAGAUUCUCGGAGCCCUUGAUCAAGACGACCAGGCUGGGAAACAGAAACUUGCCUACAAACUUGAACAAGUCAUAACCCUCAUGAGCAUAGACAGCUGAGAACUGUCCUGCCAGGGACACCCUGGGAGGGAUAAACCAAGUCGUGCCUCACUCAAGAUCAUCAUCUUUACCAAGUGCAAGUUUUGAUUGGCUGUAAGCAGAGUCACCUGAACAGCGCUCCUCUCUCUCUUUCUCUCUUUCUCUCUCUCAUUUCUUUCUCUUUUGAAAUCUGUGGACAAAGCGACAAAUCCCCAGGGGUUAAAACACAAGACUGCAGAGGAAUCUCGGCUCUGGGGACAUCGAGACAUUCAGGUGGAGCUCUUGUUUUCACAGCUUCCCCUCUGCCUUUGCCCUAGAGAAAAAAAAAAAAAAAUCCACGAAACAACACAAAACAAAGCAAAACAAAACAACAAAAUCCUCCCCCACCAUCACAUCAUUACUCUACAGAUGGGAAACUGGGAGGUCACCUCUGUCAUGCUGCUUUAACUGCCCUCCUAGGGAUACAACCUCUGGAGUGGACAUGGAAAAGAACUCAGUGUUACAAAAAGUCUCCCCAAGGGGAAGGCAGCCUGCCUGCCGGGAUCCUGGAGGGUAGGAGAAAAUCAAGACCCUCUCCUUCAGAGCCAUUGCAACUCUAUCUCUUGAUAGGAACCCCACUGGGAGAGGAACCCCAAAGCUCCCCGCAAAAUGCCACAGCUCCGUCCACGGUGGGACCGUUGUGGCUCUCAUCUGCCUGGGCAAAGUGGUGUUGCUGCUCUCUCGGGGCAGGAGAAGGGUCAAGAAGGGAGGAGGAGACUAAUGCUCCCCCACCCAUGUGUUUCAUAUGGUUAUUCUUAUUUUUCAAAGAGACCUGUGUUCCCCUCCGUCUUUCCCAUUGUGUCCUGUUGGUCGUAGCACUGCGGCAAAAAAAAAAAAAUGCUCUCUCUGCUCAGUGGCAUCCCGUUGGUGGUGUUUCUGUUCCUUCUGGCAAUGGACAGCGCAGCAUCUCCCUUGUCCCCACCUCAGCUUGGAAAGCAAGAGCCACAAGUCUCAGUUUGUUCCAGACAAGGUGCUUGGCCUCAAAAAACAGCCAGAGGGUGUUUUUUUUUUUUUUAAUUAUUUUUUAUUUUUAAAUGUUUGUUCUUUCCAUUUUGUUUCCUCAACUGAAACAAAGCUGUUGUUUUCUUGUGGUGGAAUAUUAGAAGGCUACUGAAGGGCUUGCCAUGAAGCAAGGUGGAAGCAUAGGACUGAUGGUAGAGGCUUCCUUCAACGCCACUCGUAAGAGGAAAUGUUACACACCUUGGAAGGAAAUCUUGGAGGAAACCCAAAUGAAACACUGCAAAAUAUUCUAUCUAGAUACUCCCAGUCAAACUGCAUGUAUCCUGGAGAACCCUGACCGAUUGUAAGCUCAUUUGCCUUUUGGUGCCAACUCCUGGCCUUUGCUCUUUUCCUUUCCUGGAGCCAGCAAAGCCUUGCUGAAGGUACAGAUGCCGACUGGGAAGGAUUUGCUGUCUCUUUGCACUUCCUAUCCCUCCAGAGAUCACUGUCACCACGGGACAAGGGUGGGCCAUCACCCUGUUCUCUCCUCUGCUCAGUUCCUCCAGAAGAACUACGCCUCAACCUGUUUUAAUGCCCACCAAAUAGGAAUGAGCUCCCGCGUCUCUUCGGCACUUGGCUGGUUAUUUUUUGUACAACUGCCAGCCUGUUCAACACUGUGGUUCAGCACAGUGGGAGAAUCAGCCCUGCAGAGCCUCAGGGGACCUGGAGAACCUUGUGCCUGGUACGCCACGGAGGUCCCCGUUCAUCUCUCCAGGAAUAAAUGGUGCUCACUAGCAAGUGGAGGAGUGGCCUCAUGCCACGGAGAAUUAACCCUCGUCCAUCCUACACCAUCCUCCGAGCCACAGCCUGGAUUUUCGUUGCACCCGGAGGGCGGAAGGGGUAAAGACAGGGUGUGUAAAUUGAUUACGGAACGAACGUGUUUGGUUUUAUUCAUGCCUCUUGCUAGCAAACCCGAACGUCUUCAGAGCAACGGCACGUGAGGGUGUGUAAAGGGGGCUGUGGUGCAAACAGCAGUCAGUUAGCAAGCAGGUUGCGUUCAGCCGAACAGAUGCACACGUAAGCAAGUCUUUCUAAAACCAUUUAAAAAACAGCAGUCCAAAAUCUGGUGCGUGUGCGGGGAGAACAUCACAAGAUUCACGUUGAAACAGCAAAACUUAGGGACACGUCUUGGUUUUAAAGCCCCAGACAUUUCUCUCUUGAUUCUAAUUAUUAUUAUUUUGUGCGUGUGCGUGUGUGUAUAUGUGUGCGCGUGCGUGUUAUUUCCUUUUUGAUUUGGCUUGCUUUCUGUUUGAUCGCUGAGCUGACGGACUCAUCAUGCACCUUAUGGACAUCUCAGCAUUUUUAAGAGGCCUGCGCAAUGGGGAUGAUUUGGUUUGGUUGGCUCUGCCGUGGUUUCGUUGACCCAUUUUGUAAUGUUGGCGCAUGUUCCAGAUCCAUUGAUGAUGGCUGUGAAAGUGGGGUGGAAGUCCCACCAGAGCCAGCGGUAAGGAAAUUACAACAACAACAACACAAACACAAUAUUUUUUAUAAGUACAUAAAAAGAAAAAAAAAAUUAAAAAAAGGAAGAAACCAAAGGUUUUGACAAACAAAGUGCCACAAGAGAUAAAUAUGGACCCUAUUGUCAUGCCUUGUGCUCACAGCUGGAUGGUAGGAGUCUGAGGACAAAUAGCUGGCUUGGAGGGAAGUGGUUAUGAGUGAUGGGCUAUACUGCCUGGACAUGCGCACAUGAAAGGAAGAAGAAGCUGUUAAAAAAAAAAAGAAAAAAGAAAAAAGUAUCAAAGUGAACUGGUGUAAUCCUGCACUGUUACUGAAGUCAAAGGAACACCACAGGGGAAAUCUGGGACUCACCCUGUUUCUUUUUGAUGUUUUCAGGGCUGUGUUUUUGUUUUAUUAUUAUUGUUGUUUUCCGUUGUCACUGUUUUAUUUCUUCUUGCUGGUACGGAGUUUUUCAGCUGUAAAAUAUAUAUAUAUAUAUUUCAAGGAAAACUUGAACACCUCAGAGACACUGAGAAUGAAACACUUAGGGGAAAUGGGAAGAGCCAUGAGAUUGGUAUCUUAACCCUUCCCAAGUCCCCAUUUCUCUCCCCCAUCCCUAGGAUUUGAAAGAAAAUGUAUAUUUUGAUUCUCUUUCAUCUCCUCUUCCUUUUUCUUUUCCUUCUUCAUUAUUUUUUUUAAUUUGGUGCUUGAGCUGGUUUUGGUUUUCACUUGGAAAAAUGUGCCAGAAUUGUGAUGUCAAUGUGUGGGCUUCCUCCCCUGUCCCAUUUGGUGUCCUUCCCCUUUCCAUCCACUGUCCCAGCAUCCCCCCCAGUCUAUGAGAGGUCUUGGCAUCUUUCUUCUCAGCCUCACCUGUUGAGCUAACUAUUUUUUUAAGUGCAUGUACAAUUCAAAUACAAUUAAAAACAAUGACACAGACAGAAGAAUGAGCCCUACUACGACGUGAAUGAGUUUUUUUCCUCUUCUUUUUGCCUUGUUUCCCCCAACUCCUCACUGUCCCACAGUUGACCAAAAGUGCUCUGUGAGUGGCAUUUCAUGGUUUUUCAAGCCACACAGAGAACAGGAGCCAAAGCCCCUUGAAGUCAACAGACAGGUUCCUAUUAUUCAGAACAUACCAGAUGAUAGGCUGAUCUUUGUGAGUUUUUUGCAUUAUUUUUUUUUUAUUACAAACACUACAAUCAUCACAAUGAAUGCUGACGCUUGCAGCACCAUCAGAAAUAAGGAAAUGGAACGUGUGAAGACUCCUUGUGGUUCCGCUGAAAGAGCUGAGAUUAAUUUCUUCAUUGCAGAGCUUGCUCUGGGAAUUGGAGGCUGGAUUUGAGGAACAAAGGUGAACAGUAAUGCUGCAACAUGCUUAUUGAGUGUAUUCAGCUAUCAAUGACGCAGCGAGCUGAGGCAUAACCCAUCAUGCCAUAACCCAUCGUGUCACAUAUUUUUGCAGACUGAGCCUUCUGGUAAAUGGAAUUUUGGGAAAAGUUGUGUAUUUUCUGGAAGAAGUUGUUAGAGACUGGUAGCACUUGAAGAGACAGCACAUGAGAACUAGGGAAGAGGAGAAAUGUAGACUCACAAAGGCAUCUUCCUUUCCUAACACACACCAGACCUAUUUUCCCACUCUUCCCUCUGCCCUGAAUAUAUUUGAAGGUUUCCUCUAUCGUGGCAUACACCAGCCUUGUUCCAUUGGGUCAGAGGCCUUACGACAAUGUUCUCCAGCGGUAGCUUGAUGGCUUCACCACUGCAGUUGUCUUGUCGUGCCACUUCAGAACUGGAGAACAUAAAAAUUGUUAUGACGCAAAGAGGAUUUACAAGCAGAACUGGGGUUGGUAUCUGUUUUAAUUGAGAUAUGAUUACCAAAGGUUACAGAUCUUGUGCAUUAGCCCACAGGGAAUUGUCCGCAUUAGAGGGAAAAAGACAAGCAAAUCACAUCAUUAUUACUUUUAAUAACCCUAUUGAAAGCUGAUAAAAAGAAAGUUAUGACUUUGGGUGCUAUUCUCACUGUUGAGUCACUGAACACAAAGGUCACACAUCUGCUAAAUUCUGGGACAUCCAUGAUGUAACAACUCAAGAAAAAAAAAAAAAAAACAGCUAGUAUCAAGAGCAAAAUUGUUUAUAAGUAAGCCAAAAUGCAAAAUUGAGAUCUGUAUUUCCACAAGGUACAUGAAGGGCUUUGAAAAGAGAUACCAUUUACCACUGUGCGGAAGACUCUUCCAAAGGAAGUCCGGAAACCUAAAAGGACUGAGUUCCAGGGCUCCUCUUAGUGGGGCAUCCAGUUGGCUCCACAAAAGACCCUCAAGUCCAAGGAUCAUCUCAUACCAAAAAGAAAAGCCUGGGCUACUGGACAUGACCAGAACUCCUCCCUCACAUCACCAAGGCAUCGAUAAAAACAAGUCGUGCUUCACCCUCCCCAUCAGCCUGUAGAAGCUCAUGAAGCAGAUGUAUCUGAUAGCCUGGAGAAAUGGUUUGCUGCUGUAAAAGGAAUGGCAGAGAAGAGGAAAACUGGUCCUGCUUCCCAAAUUCCUGGGUUAGGAUCUAGUGUGUAAGAGUGCUCCUCCAUAGCAAUCUUGUUUUCCAGGUGAGCAGUGGCCACUGCUGAUAGGGGAAGAUGCCAUGACCGGAUAAGCACUUAACUGUAACCCUAUCAGUACCCAAAAGGUGGUUUUAGUCCUUUCUUCUCCUUGGUUCAGCACGUAGCUGAAGGACCUGGUCAGAGGUCCUUCACACGCACAAAAAUGUGCAUGUUGGCCCCACCAGGUUUGUUUUCUUUUUCAGUGGCUCACCAAGAAUUGCAACCAGGAGCCCCAUUUUGUGUAUCUCCCACCCUUGGAUGAACAAAUCAGUACAAAAAUCCAGCUCUUGAAUCAGUGAUACUGUCUAAACUCUGCUCAGCCCCUGGUUACCUCCUCUCCUGGGAUGAAUAGGGAGCCCAGGAAUGGAGUUCUUUCUGCAAGCUAGGGAGCUUUGAUUAUUUACACAGGAAAUCGUGUUUCUGUGUUGGCAGGGGCCUCACUAUGACAGCUGCUGGAUAAAGAUGUAUUGGCAUAACCUCAGCGAUGCCAGGACAAUUUGCCGUGUGUACAUGAUGAGUAGUAAAAGAACGGUCCUCCAGGGCAGAUGGAGGUCUUGGACUGUCCUAGCUUUUGCCAUCCAUGUUUGGUGUGCUGUGGAGCAGGCAACUGAUAAAUCCAGUCAACCUCCACGUCACGGGGUGAACCUCAGCCUCCUGGUCAUUCACCACCCAAAUUUUCCUGCUUUGUCCCCAUUUCAGGGUAAAAUUGGGUCCAUAGAGGUCUGCAGUUUUUCCCUCACCUCUGGCACUGUGUGGAGUCCCUUCCCCUCUGUGUUGUCCUGUGGGGGAUAAUUGAUGUGCUGGUCAAGAAAAGAAAAAGAGAAGAAAACAGAUUUACACUUGGAAAGAAUAAAACCACCAUAAUAAUAAUAAUAAUAACAAUAAAAAAUACAGCGAGGAUGUAAAGCUGCUUAGUCUAAUCAACCUGUCACGUGUGUGAUUUCUGUUGUCGUCGUCAUUGUUUGUCCAUUGGCUACUCUUUUUUGUUUGUUUGUUUGUUAAUCUUCUGUUCUGAAAAUGGAGAGUUUACCUCAAACGUUUCUUUCUGCUUGGAAACAGAUCACCUCAAAGACACUAAGAGCAGUGUGCAGGGAAGCUCAGUGAAGUGAACCUGAUCAUGGAAAACGGGGAAAGAGGACGUUUAGGUUCUUCCAGCAUCCCCUUCUCUUGCUGCUGUGGGCUGAGUCUGAGGGCAGUAUUUCUGAGCAGGAGAGGCGGCUGUUCACUUCCAGAUCGACUGGAACAUCGGAACCAGUCGGGGAAAUCAAGGCACAUCCGAGCCUGAAGUCCUUUCUGAAGUAUCUGAAAGAAACUUGGUGUUACUUAAAAAUUUCUUCCCUGCUCUUUCCCCAUUCCCUGGAGAAAA